AUGGGGUUUCCUUCACCAUUUCUUGUCAUGACACUUGUCUCAGUUGCAGCUGCAGUCUCGCAAGCUUCUCCUCAAAAACUAAACAGCAACGUCACUCUAGCCGGCAUUGUCACCUGCAUCAACGCGUCCAUCGCGGCCGUGAAGACGUACCCGUUGAUCCCGGAAGCACGAGUCGACGUCGUCUGCGGCGUCGUGUUUUUGGAGAAGGUGAUCAAAUCCACGAAUACAAAUCUUGCCGGAAUUUAUUCCUUCUCUUUCGACGCUGCUGACAUGGCCUUGCUCAGUGUGCCGGAGCUGUGUCACCUUAAAGUCACAAUGCUGGCGAGCUCGUGCGUCUUCGAUCCUUCCGGAGGUUUCCUCAAGCUUCCGAUCGUCGGCAUGAGAUCGGCUUUAGGCAUGCUGACGGACUUACUCCCCGGUGCACCAACCUAUUCACGAGAUUAA